CCUCCGUGGCAGUGACAGCAAAUUAGUGCAUUGUCGCGUGUUGCAACGUAAUUUUUUGUGAAUAAAAUUAGAGAUAUGCAUUAUUUGAUAAGUGAAACAUUAUUCUGAUUUCGUACGAUUUUAACGCGAGAGGACGCAAUUUUAAAGAUGAUAGUUUAUAGUUGAUAAUAAAAGUUUGAUAGUAUUAACCAUGAUGGAUUACGAAUUUAAGAUGAAAGCACAAAAAGAUCGGACUAAAGUCGAAGAUCUUUUUGAAUUUGAGGGAUGUAAGGUUGGAAGAGGUACAUACGGGCAUGUAUAUAAAGCCCGCAGAAAAGAAGGUGUACCGGAUAGUGAAUUAAAAUCUCGGCCUGAUACUAAAGAUUUUGGCCUUAAACAAAUAGAAGGUACAGGUCUAUCCAUGUCUGCGUGUCGAGAAAUUGCUUUACUCAGGGAAUUAAAACACGUUAAUGUCAUUACGCUUAUUCGUGUUUUCUUGUCGCAUAAUGACCGUAAAGUAUGGUUACUCUUUGAUUUCGCAGAACAUGAUCUUUGGCAUAUUAUUAAAUUUAAUAGAGCGGCUAAAGCUAAUAAAAAACCAGUUAUGGUACCGAAGAGUAUGGUUAAAUCAUUAUUGUAUCAAAUUUUAGACGGCAUUCAUUAUUUACAUUCCAACUGGGUUCUUCAUAGAGAUUUGAAACCAGCAAAUAUUUUAGUAAUGGGAGAAGGAAACGAAAGAGGACGUGUCAAAAUCGCAGAUAUGGGUUUUGCUAGAUUAUUUAAUGCUCCUUUAAAACCAUUAGCAGAUUUAGAUCCUGUUGUAGUAACAUUCUGGUAUAGAGCUCCUGAAUUAUUAUUAGGUGCUAGACAUUAUACAAAAGCUAUAGAUAUAUGGGCUAUCGGUUGUAUAUUUGCUGAAUUGUUAACCUGCGAACCUAUCUUUCAUUGUAGACAAGAAGAUAUUAAGACGAGUAAUCCAUAUCAUCAUGACCAAUUAGAUAGGAUAUUUAAUGUUAUGGGAUUUCCAUUAGAGAAAGAUUGGGAAGAUAUUAAAAAGAUGCCUGAGCAUCCGACGUUACUGAAAGAUUUUAAAAGAUCCAACUAUGCAAAUUGUUCAUUGACCAAGUACAUGGAUCGACAUAAAAUCAAACCUGAUAGCAAGGCAUUUAAUCUGUUACAAAAGUUGCUGAUGAUGGAUCCAAACAAACGAAUUACGUCUGAGCAUUCUAUGCAGGAUGCAUACUUUCAAGAGGAACCACUGCCAACUCAGGAUAUAUUUGCUGGAUGUCCUAUCCCGUAUCCAAAGAGAGAAUUCCUCACGGAUGAUGACACAGAGGAAAAGACUGAAAAUAAAGCAAGACAGAAUCAACAGCAGACGCAGCAACAAAAUCAGCAGCAGCAAGGAAACGGUGACCAUAAUCAUGGACAAAACGCUAAACGCGUUAGGCUAAACGGACCCCAUGGAGCUCCAGAAUUUCAUCAGCAUCAGAGUCAUGCGAUGACCCAUCAACAACCACCAGCAAUGGUAUAUUCGACCGCCCAACCAACUCAGCCAUCGAAUAUUCAUCAGCGUUUUUAAUUCCUAUACUUAAUUCUACAUGAAAGAAAGAAAGAGAGAAAACAAAGUAUAAUAAUUCAGUAAAUAUCAGUAAUUUGAAUCGCAUUGGAAAGGGAGAUCGUUAACGAUGUAUAUUCCCAAUAAUAUUACAACAAUACAAUUUUAUUUAUCUAUAA